CCCUCGCGCCCUGGCGCGGUCAUUCAUUUGACAUUCUGCUCCCGAAGCGCCCGGGGACCGGCUGCGUGCUGAUUCGGUGAUUCCGGGGAGCUGGGACUUGGGGGCUCCGGCGAGCAUCACUCGGAGGGAGAGGAGGCUUCAUUUGCCUUCGGUUUGGAAUGUGUGGUGAGCAUCCUCGGCUGGAGCCUGGGGCCUGGAGGAAACCCGGGCUGCAGAUUUAGACGUAGACGUUUGGGAGGACGUGCGGCUGCAGAGGUCUGGCUCCCUAUGCCUAGUCUUCUCCCGGUAGCGGAGCUCAGCUGCUUAUUAUGAUUAAUUUUAGGAACACCGUCACCGGCCCAGUUAUUCCUUUUCGAGUUGGGAGUCUUUGGAGUCAGCACAGGGAGCUCACGAGUAGAGUGAGAAGGGUUCAGUCAAUAAUAAACUUGGAAAAGGACAGCUUCGAUGAUCGUAUGGACAGAGGUGGACGAGAGGCAAACUUCACCGCGGCCUUUAGCCUUUGUGGAUAAGAUUUCUGCUUUGGUCUUCUAGAGUCAUGGCAACUUGGAAUUCUUCAUUGUAGGAAACCCACCUCGGAGAGGCACACAACAUGGCUAGCUCAGCCCGGGAACAUCUGCUUUUCGUACGGCGUCGAAACCCACAGAUGCGGUAUACGCUGAGCCCAGAGAACCUCCAGAGCCUCGCAGCCCAGAACUCCAUGCCCGAGAACAUGGCUCUGCAGCGAGCCAACAGCGACACAGACCUGGUGACUUCUGAGAGCCGCUCCAGCCUGACCGCCAGCAUGUACGAAUACACGCUGGGCCAAGCCCAGAAUCUCAUUAUCUUCUGGGACAUAAAAGAAGAGGUGGAUCCCAGCGAUUGGAUUGGGCUCUACCACAUAGAUGAGAAUUCUCCAGCCAACUUCUGGGAUUCUAAAAACAGGGGCGUCACUGGAACCCAAAAAGGACAAAUUGUCUGGAGAAUUGAGCCUGGACCCUACUUCAUGGAACCGGAGAUCAAAAUCUGUUUCAAGUACUACCAUGGUAUUAGCGGAGCCCUGCGAGCCACAACCCCCUGUAUUACCGUGAAGAACCCAGCUGUGAUGAUGGGGGCAGAAGGCAUGGAAGGCGGGGCUUCCGGAAGUCUGCACUCUCGGAAGCUCGUCAGCUUCACUUUGUCAGAUCUCAGGGCAGUUGGGCUCAAGAAAGGGAUGUUCUUCAAUCCCGACCCUUAUCUUAAGAUGUCCAUUCAGCCAGGGAAGAAGAGCAGUUUCCCUACGUGUGCCCACCAUGGGCAGGAGAGAAGGUCCACCAUCAUCAGCAACACCACCAAUCCCAUUUGGCACAGAGAGAAAUACUCCUUCUUUGCACUUCUAACCGAUGUCUUAGAAAUCGAAAUCAAAGACAAAUUUGCCAAGAGCCGCCCCAUCAUCAAGCGUUUCCUGGGGAAGCUGACCAUUCCGGUGCAGAGGCUGCUGGAGCGUCAAGCCAUCGGUGAUCAAAUGCUCAGCUACAACCUCGGCCGAAGGCUCCCAGCGGACCACGUGAGUGGCUACCUCCAGUUUAAAGUAGAAGUCACGUCCUCUGUCCAUGAAGAUGCAUCUCCCGAAGCUGUUGGCACCAUCCUCGGAGUCAACACUGUUAACGGAGACCUGGGCAGCCCUUCUGAUGACGAAGAUCUGCCCGGGAGCCAUCACGACAGCACCGUUUGCGCCAAUGGACCAGUGUCUGAGGACAGUGCCGCCGAGGGGACCCCCAAACAUUCUUUCCGGACUAGCUCUACUCUGGAGAUGGACACAGAGGACUUAAUCUCUACUUCCUCAAGGACCUCACCUCCCAGAGGCCGCCAGGAUUCCCUCAACGAUUACUUAGAUGCUAUUGAACACAAUGGUCCCUCCAGGCCAGGGGCGGCCACCUCCUCCGAGCGGCCCAUAGGAGCCUCUCCCAAACUGAGGAGCAGUUUCCCCACUGACACAAGACUCAAUGCGAUGCUCCACAUAGACUCGGAUGAAGAAGACCACGAGUUCCAGCAAGAUCUAGGCUACCCGUCUUCCUUGGAGGAGGAAGGGGGCUUGGUCAUGUUCAGUAGAGCAUCCAGAAGUGAUGCGGGGAGCCUGGCAUCUCAGACCAAGCCAGAGGAGGACAACCCCGGUGAGAACGAGGAUGCCUCUGUUCACGAAGUCGCUUCCUUGGAAGAGAGGCCGGAGAACCUUCCAGAGGUUGCGGAUGGCUCAUUGCCCUCAUGUGCAGCCCCUGAUGACAACGAAGCCAGCCUAGAGCCCCAUCCCGGUGCUGACCAGGGCGGCGCUGAAUUGUCAGGCUCUCAAGAGGCUGAUCAGACCCCGAGUGGUGCGGACACGGGAGCCUCUGACACGUCUGGAGGGAGCCACAGAGCUGCCAGUGAGACCGAGUCCCUGGACCAGGGAUCCGAACCUUCCCAGGUGUCCUCGGAGACAGAACCCAGUGACCCUGCCAGGACAGAGAGCGUCAGUGAGGCCAGCACCCGGCCUGAGGGGGAGAGCGACCUGGAAGGUGCUGACAGCUCGUGCAACGACAGCGUGACCACACAGCUGUCCUCAGUGGACACACGGUGCUCAUCUCUGGAGAGUGCGCGAUACCCAGAAACCCCAGCCUUUUCUUCCCAAGAAGAGGAAGAGGGGGCCUGUGCAGCUGAGCCUACCAGCAGCGGCCCGGCAGAGGGGUCGCAGGAGUCCAUCUGCACUCCGGGUUCCUUACCUGCUGUGCAGGUGCCCAAUGGAGGAGAAGCGGAAGGGCCAGGGGCUGAGGCUGCCACUCUGUCUGAGCAGGGGGAGCUGGGGGAGGUCUGGCAGAGGAGGGAGAGUCUGGAGGGAGCUGCUGCUGCUGCUGCUGCUGCUCCUGUUGCUGCCACUGAGAGCCAGCCCCAGGAGGAUGGGGAAGCUGGGGACAGCCAAGGUGCCUGCGAAGGGGCUGCUGCCCAGGAGGAGGGCGCCACCGGAGGUUCGCAAGCCAAUGGCCACCAGCCGUUGCGGUCACUGCCUUCAGUGCGUCAGGAUGUCAGCCGGUACCAGAGGGUGGACGAGGCUCUCCCACCAAACUGGGAGGCGCGCAUUGACAGCCACGGCAGGAUCUUCUACGUGGAUCAUGUGAACAGAACCACGACGUGGCAGCGGCCCACGGCUCCCCCCGCCCCCCAGGUCCUGCAGAGAUCCAACUCCAUCCAGCAGAUGGAACAGCUGAACCGGCGUUAUCAGAGCAUCCGGAGAACCAUGACGAAUGAGAGGCCUGAGGAAAAUGCCAGUGCUGUCGACGGGGCAGGGGAGGAAGCCGACUUCCACCAGGCCAGCGCAGAUUUCCGACGGGAGAGCGUCCUGCCGCACUCUACCUCCAGAUCCAGGCUCACGCUGCUGCUGCAGUCUCCCCCUGUGAAGUUUCUCAUCAGCCCAGAGUUCUUCACCGUGCUGCAUUCCAACCCUAGUGCCUACCGCAUGUUUACAAACAACACGUGUCUGAAGCACAUGAUCACCAAAGUCCGGCGGGACACCCACCACUUCGAACGCUAUCAGCAUAACCGGGACCUCGUGGGAUUCCUCAACAUGUUUGCAAACAAGCAGCUGGAGCUACCGAGGGGCUGGGAGAUGAAGCAUGACCAUCAAGGCAAGGCGUUUUUUGUCGACCACAACUCCCGGACCACGACAUUCAUCGACCCUCGGCUCCCACUCCAGAGCAGCAGACCCACGAGCGCGCUGGUUCAUCGGCAACACCUGACCAGGCAACGCAGCCACAGUGCUGGAGAGGUCGGCGAAGACUCUCGGCAUGCAGGACCACCCGUUCUUCCAAGACCAUCCAGCACAUUCAAUACCGUCAGCAGGCCGCAGUACCAGGACAUGGUUCCAGUGGCCUACAAUGACAAAAUCGUUGCGUUUUUGCGUCAACCCAACAUCUUUGAAAUUCUACAAGAGCGUCAACCCGAUCUUACCAGAAACCACUCACUCAGGGAGAAGAUCCAGUUUAUCCGAACUGAAGGGACCCCUGGAUUGGUUCGGCUCUCCAGCGACGCGGACCUCGUCAUGCUCCUGAGCUUGUUUGAGGAAGAGAUAAUGUCCUAUGUGCCUCCACACGCCUUACUCCACCCCAGCUACUGUCAGUCCCCGCGAGGCUCCCCCGUGUCAUCUCCCCAGAACUCACCAGGUACUCAGCGUGCCAAUGCCCGGGCUCCAGCCCCUUACAAGAGAGAUUUUGAAGCCAAACUGAGGAACUUUUACAGGAAGUUAGAAACGAAAGGAUAUGGACAAGGCCCCGGAAAAUUAAAGUUAAUUAUCCGAAGGGACCACUUGUUAGAAGAUGCUUUUAACCAGAUUAUGGGCUACUCCAGAAAAGACCUGCAGAGGAAUAAGCUGUACGUCACCUUCGUUGGGGAAGAAGGGUUGGAUUAUAGUGGGCCUUCCAGAGAGUUUUUCUUCUUGGUAUCCAGAGAACUCUUUAACCCCUAUUAUGGCUUAUUUGAAUAUUCAGCCAAUGACACAUACACCGUGCAAAUAAGUCCCAUGUCUGCUUUUGUAGACAAUCACCAUGAAUGGUUCCGGUUCAGUGGGAGGAUCCUCGGCCUUGCGCUAAUCCACCAGUACCUGUUGGACGCCUUCUUCACGCGACCUUUCUAUAAGGCUCUUCUCAGAAUCCUGUGUGACCUGAGCGACCUGGAGUACCUCGAUGAGGAGUUCCACCAGAGCCUCCAGUGGAUGAAAGACAACGACAUUCAUGACAUCCUGGACCUCACGUUCACUGUGGACGAGGAGGUGUUUGGCCAGAUUACUGAACGAGAGUUAAAACCAGGAGGAGCCAACAUCCCGGUCACAGAGAAGAACAAGAAGGAGUACAUCGAGAGGAUGGUGAAGUGGAGGAUCGAGAGGGGCGUGGUGCAGCAGACCGAGAGCCUAGUCCGCGGUUUCUACGAGGUGGUAGAUGCCAGGCUAGUAUCUGUCUUCGAUGCGCGAGAGUUGGAGCUGGUCAUCGCUGGUACCGCUGAAAUAGACCUCAAUGACUGGAGAAACAACACAGAAUACAGAGGCGGGUACCACGACAAUCACAUCGUAAUUCGGUGGUUCUGGGCUGCCGUAGAACGAUUCAACAAUGAGCAGCGACUAAGGUUGUUACAGUUCGUUACAGGUACCUCUAGCAUACCCUAUGAAGGAUUCGCUUCUCUCCGAGGGAGUAAUGGCCCAAGAAGGUUCUGUGUAGAGAAAUGGGGAAAAAUCACCGCACUUCCCAGAGCCCACACUUGUUUUAACCGCCUGGAUCUCCCUCCGUACCCUUCCUUUUCCAUGCUGUAUGAGAAACUCUUGACAGCAGUUGAAGAGACCAGCACCUUUGGACUUGAGUGAGCUGGGAGGAGGAUGCUCUGCUCCUGGCGGACAGGCAGCGUCAGAAGCCCGCCUCCGGAAGAGUGGCAGAGCAGCGCUAGUCUCCAGCCCACGGUUCCAGGAGAACAAACUACUUGUUGCUCUUGAGGAACACAGGCUCGUGUGUUGGGGGCUGGCUGUGAGUGCCCUUGGAAGCCUUGGGGUGAGCUCGGUGCCCGUGGAACAACCCAACAGUCUUUCAAUCAACAGUUCUUGACUGCCAAACCUUUUCCCAUGCGUUAUGUUUCAAGAUAAAGGGGAACCUGCGCUUGAUCCACUCCAUGGGGGACUUUCAGCGACUCGGGCGAAUCUUGGAGCGCUCCCGUCGGGCAUACUUCAAGCCAAACUGGCAGCACUUGGCCCAAUCUCCAAAUUAGUGCAAGUGAAAGAUUAUGAUAAAAAAUAUAUAUAUUUCCUGAAAGUACAUUUGUUUAAGCCCUAAGUUAUAACCGAAAUAUUCAUUUCUUGCUUACGCGUGCCUGCAUGGUGUCCACUGUAGGUUUCGACAUUCACGGAACACGAGUGAAACGAAGUCAGUAUGAGGUAACUGUAAAGAUUGGCCGCAAGGUGGUCCUGUAACCGUGUAUAUGCAAGUGGUAUGUGUGUCCUUACGGCUGAAGACAAAUUUGCUCAGUGAACUAAUGACAGAUCUGAUGCUUUAUAAUGCAUGAAAACAGUUGUCAAAUAACUAGCAAUUAAUCACAGCAUAUCAGGAAAACGUACACAGUGAGUUCUGUUUAUUUUUUUUUCUAGGUUCGUUCUAUUUCUGUUCUCUAAGAUGUAUAUAAGGACCUAGCUACCAUAUUGUCAUAACCCCCUCUUCAUUUUCACGUUCCAUGCUUACUCGGGCAUCUGGCUAGUCUUGUCUCCUUGUAAGCCCGCUCAAGGGAACUAAAGGGCCUUUUAUUUUUAUAAAGGUUACAAAAAAAAAUCCCCCCAAAUAUUUUGCACUGAACUUACCAAAGUCGAAGGAACAUUACAGUAUGGCUAACAGCAGCUCCAUCUCUUGCUGAGUACAACAGACGUUGCUUCUAAAUCAGAUUUCCUUUUCGGUGCCAUGGCAGCCACUGCAAGGACUGUGCAUCUAAGUAAUAAUUUUUUAAGACUCACACUAUGUGAUAGUAUGAUAUGCAUUUAUUUAAAAAUGCAUUAGAUUCUCCCAUCCAUCGACUACUUUACAGGAUGGCAUUUAUUACAGAAAUUUCGUAUUCCUCCCCCCCCCCCCCCACUGCUUUUUAUUUGUACAGCAUCAUCGAACGGCAAGCUUGGUUAGGGAGCCGUCGGCAGUGUCAGAGAGGUCCAGUCUCCUCGUAGGAAGAAUUCCACUUUCCCUCAUCAGUGAAGAUACCACGAAUUGAAACUCUCAGCACUAUAUUUCUAAGCCUGCAUUUUCACUGAUGCAUACCUUUCUUAUUAAUAUCAAGAAAACGUCUUUUCUAUGGUCUCUCAGAAACUGCAUGACAUCACUGACAAGCCUUCUUGAUUUAAUAAAAGGAUAUCCUUCAUUUUAAUUGCUUUCGGGACUGUCCAUGCCAUUGUUUGUUCCUUGAUUUAUGACAGCAUUAAGCAGACGCACAAUUCGAUGAGGUGAGGUGGAAUUCAAUGAGGGCGGGAAAACCAUUGGAUUAGCAUUUAAUCUGCCAGUCUGUGGGGAGGGGGCGUCCCAGGCAUUCCCUACACAUUGCUCCAAGCGUCUUAUUUAUAACUGGCGUGGACUUCUGUGUUGGGAUGUGGGUGACUUUGCAUGUCACGGGCUUCCAUGCACAGGUACCCAGAGGUGUGUAGUAAGAGCAGUUACUCUCCUGCUAGUGAAGCUGUGUGUCCCGUUGGAUCCUCAGGAGGAAUGACACUCAGGCUGUGUUACAGUGUUAAAAGAUAAGCACUGGAUGUGGAAAACAUUCCAGGAGAAAAGCUUAUAGGAACCUGGAAAAGAUAUGAAGACUAUUUAUUUGUAUACCAUAAUUGGGCCAGAAAAAAAAAAAACUAAACCUUUUUGACUGGAAUUAUUAGUUUGUACUUAUUUGCCAUGAAUACAAGUAUAUAUUUAAUUUUUGCAAACUUCUUUUGUUUGUGCUUUAUUCAUCAUAAAGAAAGCAGAGCACACCAACACGCUCCUAGAAUCACACUUUGUUGUGUCAGAGCAUUCCCUGACAGCUGCCACAGGGUCUCCUCAAGGGAAAGCUGCCUUUCCUUCAGAAGUGCAUGUCUAGGCCGUGUUAGUGUUCAUUUGGUUUGAGACGAUUUGCCACCCACUGUAUGCCCUAUUGUUGGCGGAAGAUAUUUGAAAUAAAAUGCACCCCUUUAUUUCUAACUGAUGCUAUCUUGUUGAUGGUGAGGCAUCCCACUUCUAAACCAUUUUAGAUGUGUUCAGACAUUCUUAAAGUAGUACGAUUUACUCUAGUUGGCCCUGUUCUGAGAGUUGGAAAAGUUAUCAGAAUCGAAGCUAGCAUAUCAGAAAGCCAGGAUAAGUUGUCUGCUGUUCUUCGUGGGUAAAACCAAAAGCACAAAACUAACUUUUACAGCUUGUAAAAGUUAGACAACAUAGCCACUGAAUAAAUUAGAUGUUAUUGUACGCCACAAUUAGAAAUAUCCUUCAAUAUGUUCUUCUAGAAUGUGGACCCCAGUAACUUGGCUCUUUGGUUUGGUUUGAAGAGAUUUCUAAAUGAGGCUGCUAACAGUAUAAAAGACAGUUUUGGUACCCCAUCAUCGUUCAAAGCACGGGCACAUCGUUGGGGUUCCCUCCAUGCCAGUCACUCAUUUGAUGAUGGAGCCCCAAGAUUCUGAAUCUGGCCUCCAGAAAAAUGCUCAUUGUCUACUAGAGAGGACAUUGAGUUUCCAAAACAUUUUUAAAUAAAAGACCAAGUUCUACAAUUCAUGAGUGAAAAGAGAAUAACCUAUACACACACACACACACACACACACACACACACACACACACACACCCCGCCCAGAGUCUUGGUUAUAGCUUCAUGUUUGUGAAACCGUGUAGGUCAAAGUCAUCAUCAUAGAUGUGCUGUUUCUCUUGGUAACUACAAAGGUGUCAGAAUAUCAGUGCUCGUAAAUCUUGAGACCCAAAAUGCAUUCAUGACGAGGAGGGUUUCAAGUUUAUAGAUGGGGCCUGAGUUGUGAAGGAGCAAGUCAAGGGUCUUUAAAUUAUCAAAGAAAUAUCAUCCUAGAUAGAAAAGAAUAGAAAAAAAAAUAUCAAAAUGAAGUCUGGAUAUUUCCUCCCAUCCCUGCACCACAACACACGUUCCAUUUUUGGUGUAAAAUAUCUCAAUUCCUGAGCCAAAACCACACCUGGGAUCAGAACAUCUCUCUGGAGCACAAAAUGAAUGGAAGUCAGUUUUCUAGUACAUGUUGUAUUUAUACUUUAAUGGUCACUCUGUAAUAAAUAAAUAUAAAAGAUGCAAUUGAACUGGAGCGGGAAUACAUUUUGCAAAACUAGAGUGAAGCCUCUCCAGACAUUCUCAGUCCAUUAAACUCUAGUCGUAAGGACUGAGGUCUCUCACAGCGACCAUGAUGGAAACGCCCCAAGGCGCUGGAGGGUAUAUUGCCCAGCGCAGAAGCUUUUACCCGUGCUUGCCAGAGCAUCCUCAUCUUCCUUUGGUCCUCAGUGCUCGCUUAGGGAGAAGGAUCAAGCUCCCGCUGGGAUCAGGCUCAUUUCUCGCGUACCUGGGGAGAUGAGUUCUCCUACUUUGGUACCGCGAUCCUGUUUCAUCUCGGGAACUACGAAGGCUAAUGUUUGUACUGAUCUACUCGAUUUUCAGAUGCUUUGCUUUCCCGAACUCUCACUUUCUCAAACACGCUUCAGUUGUGGCGCUCCUGCGGAGGCCACGGAGAAAGGAGUAUAUCCGUGGAGAAGGCUCUUCACGGACGCAGUGUUUACAUCUCCUGCCUGUGGGAGCAACUGAAGACCAGUCUGAUUGUCUUUGGUGGGCUUCCUUGGGGAUUAUGUAGAAGCAAGAAUAUGGAAAAGGCUCCAACCAGAGCCCUGGCUUUCAUUUUUGAUUUUUGAUAAACCUGAGUCUUCAGAGGCCUGGCAGCUGGCUCCCAGUGACAUGGAGGAAGGGAUCACCUGCAGCUUCCGUUUUACUUCCUGUCUUCCCGAUAUUUAGUCUAAUGACUUUUUUCUACUUUUUGCACUACUUCUCAUAAGGAACAUAACUUAUAAUAAAGAGUCUAGCGUUUUAUUCAAUUUAACUUCAUUCAGGAAAUUCCAGGGGCGGGAAAUGAGGCCGUUCUCUCAUUACAAGGCAUCACUAACCCCACAUAAGAAGCAACAUGCAGUUGAAAAAUACAGCCUGUCCCCCUCCCACGUCCCCAGUUACACUUGAGAUUUGGGUCAGCUGUUGCUGAGUGGCGUCCUCAAUCGACCACCCUAUUCCCAUGUGGCUUGACUUUAAAUUAAUGGGAAUGUCCCCUGGUAGCAGAUUCUAAUCAGAAGACUAUUUGCUUCAUAGUUUUGUUUUUAGAUAAUUUGUCUAGCACAGAAGCAAAGGAACCCCAGAGACAUCAGAGGUUUCUGGGCUGUAACUCAAGGUCCAACCACUACCGUUCAAAGGGUGGUUAAAAAAUAAAAAGAGAUGCCUGAAAAUUGUACCGCUCUGGCCAUCUAACAGUAACUGCUGUCGAGAUUCAGGAGUAGCAGCUGCAUUUCCAGGAACUGACGCUAUGGGUGUAAUGAGUGUGUUUGACUCCGUCAGAGCCAUCAGGGUUAGGAGUGAACGCGCCUUUAAGAUUACAGGAAAGCCAAGAGGACAGGGGAACAUUGCAAACACCAUCAGACUCAGAGCAUGCUGACAGGGGUCAGAAUGUGUGACAUUUUUGAGUUGAAAACAAUGUCUUAGUUUCGUGAAGACACUGAUGGGCCAUCUACCUGGUGGGAGAUACCCAUAUUGUGUGAUUUCAGUAGGCUUGUAUUUCCUGUUUUGCAAAAUGUCAUUCAGUCCCAAAGUUUUAAGGCUAACCAUAGCUUGAUCAGGAAGCUCAACAAUUUGCAUUAAUUUUUUUUUAACUUGGAAAUUAUUGUUACUACUAUCGAACGCUAUUUUUGAAAUAAAAGUGCUUUUAUUUCAUUAUGGUUCAUUUGUUUUUACAGCUGACAUUAACAUAACUUUUGAGACAUUCUCAUUCUCCAAUCAUCUCUCUAAUGUUGAUUUAAACAUUCCCUAUUAGUGUGGAAAGCAAGCUCCUAAGUGUGAGGUUACCGAAUUACAAAAGGAGACCUAAUGACGGCUUCCUACCAAAGAAGUUAAGACAGCAGAUACAUUUGCUUCAAUUUUGAUGAUCAAGGUACUUUUAUUCUGAUUUCGUGAUCAAAUAGCUCAACAGGACAGAUAGCUCUAGCUGUAUAUGAUUUUUAUGUCUGGUGGCCUUGGGCAAGUGAUAUCUUCAAAUCCAAUUUCAUUUUAAGAUAUGACAAACCUGAGGAAUAUUGAUAGGAAUGUUUAUGAUUCAAAGUGAAUCAGCUACUACUGGUGUAGGUAAGAAAUCAUCAGUAAAUUCUGGUAAUUAUCACCUUCUGUUAAAAGGGAUGGGUAAUGUUUAAGAUACACCUUGGAAGGGUGAACCAGGAAACACAGAACAGAAUGUUUUGUUAGGACAUCAAUGCCCUAAAAGAUAUAGUUUUUCUUUAUGUAAUAUCGUAAGUAAAAUAUGGGGGCUGUUAGCACACUGGAAAGUUCGUAAGAUUACAUGUUUUUAUAAUAGGGGUGCAGGCAUUCCAAAAUAAAUGAAUGGAAAAAAAAACCGACAUGCAUCUCUCUUGCUUCUUACUGAAAGUAUUAAUCUAAUUUUAUAAUAAUGCUUACUUUUUAAUAUCAAGGCUCUGUAAAGACAUUUUAUUUCUAAGAUUUCAGUAGAGCACAGGUGGUGUAUUUUUUAAGCCUCUCUGUCUCUUCACCAGCCCCGCCCUUCAUGCCCACUGUACCAUAGAUCACAGUUAAUUGUCACACUUCUGGGUCUGUUGAUUUGAUUUAAGCUUUGAAUUUCUUCAGUGUAACUUUUAAUAGAGAAAACUAAUGGGAGGUGUUUGAUAUUAGAAUAAGAUUACACAGCCCUCAUUUGACCUUACAGUUACAUUUUUUUAAGACACAUACUAUAGGGUGUUGGUAGCCAUCCUAGAAAUACGUCAUGACUGGCAUUACACAAAGCUUACCACUGAAUCGUGGACCAGUUGUUCAUUUUCUGGGAAGUCUGUAUUCUUACCCUCACCUGAGCCCCUGACUCUUGCGUUGUAUUUUUUAUGAUUAUGAAAUGCUUUGACGGAAAGAUAUUUUAAUGUGUACAAUUUGUUUUAUUUUCAUACUGAUCUCUAUUUUUGUUUAAAACCAUGUUACAUCACGAAAUCACUUAAUCAAAAAUAAAUCUUCUUUUAAAAAAUGA